AUGUUUGAGAAGUUAUUCUUCGGCUGUAAGAUCGAAGUGUCGGCACACGAGGGCAUCGACGCCGAGGACAACGAUUUCCGGCCACUCGAAGCCGAACUCGACGAACACCACCCGAAGGCCACCCGAACUCUAUUCGUCGGCAAUCUUGAGAAAGACGUCUCGACAUCUGAUCUGAAGGACCACUUCGAACAGUUCGGCGAAAUAAUUGAAAUUGAUAUCAAAAAGCAGGCGAAUAUGACAUCGUAUGCGUUCAUUCAGUUCUCGGACAUCACAUCAGUGGUGAAAGCGAUGCGCAAACUGGACGGCGAGAAUCUGGGCCAGAAUCGGAUCAAACUCGGGUUCGGCAAAAGUAUGCCCACGACUUGC